GCCGAAAGCAAUCUUGACAUGUCAAAUGAAACGUACCUGACGGCAACACGCCUAAAGGGCUUCAGAGCAGAGUCGUAGAAGCGACGCAGUGCUGUCCACAGGAAGCAGCCACAUACGCCAAUAGGCACAUGAACGAUGUCUUUGACGUCUAGUCCAGCUUCGGCCCGGGUUCUUCGAUUCCCUCUUGACCCACGCCGGUUUGUGAGCGCUGUUCAUCAUUGGAGCCUAGAGGCUGACACGCAGCGACAGUUUUCUCCCCUAUAUUGGGUACCACCAUGUCCUCAUGAUAUUCCUCGUCAUAUCCGUUACCCUGAUAUCGAUCCUUAUCGCCGGCUGCACCAGCGAUAGUCUCGCCGGGAUCUAUCUCUUGUCUCUAUCCUACGUCAGCAACCCAGAGCCGCCCGCCAGCAACAUUGCCGCAUCCAUUGCAGAGGUGGCCGCCAAUCGCACUUCAAUGGAAAUCAGGGCAGGUUACAUGGGUAUGUGCCUCCUGGUCAGCGGCCAGUCGAUAUGCUCGAAGAACUCGGGCUCUCUUGAGGCAUUUGUGCGUCGCGCAACGAUUGGGGAUGAAUCAGGUGACCCGUUGAACCUCAUCCAUGCAGCGCAGAAGUUCCGUGAGGAGACUGUCUUCGUCGCGCUCUUGUUUAUCUCGAUUGUCGCCGCCAUUGCCGCGAUUCUUCUAAUGGCCACCUUCCCGGGAUGGCACGAGGACAACACAAGCAACGGGUCGGAGAGAGAAGUGAAACCAUUUCCUUCCCGGGCAGUCUCGAAAGCUGCACUGGGUUGUCUGGUUGUGUCCUGUGUUCUGACUCUAUUGUCAGGCUUCUGGCAGCAUCUAUCGAGCUCCUCUGCAACAACCAUGGUAAAAUUCUUCACGUACGGCGUGGCGACGGGACACGUUGGAGCUGGUGCAAUGGCGCUUGGGUGGCUAGCCACGUUCUUUCUCAUUGUUGCUUGUAUUGGGCUUCUCGUCAUGAUCCUCUCCAUUUCCGUGCUCUCCAAUCUAGCCGGAUGAGCCUUGUGUCCUAGCUUGCCCAACUACUACCAGACGAAGUUGUAACAGAU